AUGAAAUAAAAAUAAAAACCCUCUGAUAUAUUUGGAAGUUAAUGUGUAGAACUAUAUAGUCUAUAGAUUCAAACAUCUCUCUCUACCUCUCUCUCUCUCUCUCUCUCUCUCUCUCUCUCUCUCUCUCUCUCUUUCUCUUUCUCUUUCUGUGUCUCUCCCCUCCUCCCUCUUCCCUCUCCCUCCUAACCCCAUUUCCUUUCAAAUAGUAGCACUAGAGAACAAAAACUCUAGCUAGCACUGAUAAUGUAUAUACAAGCCAUCAUUCGGAAGAAUUAGUCCAUUCUCUUUCAAGUGAAGAACUUGUUUAGUUUGCUCCAAAAAAUAUUGUCAGAGGAUGUGGUGCAGCCUAAAACCUGCAAUGAGAUGGCUUUCUUCCCAGCAAAUUUCAUGCUCCAAACCCCUCACCAUGAUGAUCAUCAACCUCCACCUUCGCUCACGUCAAUUCUACCCGCCUGCACACCUCAAGAAUAUCAUGGGGGAGUGACCUUUCUGGGUAAGAGAUCCAUGUCAUUUUCAUCAGGAAUUGAGCACGGAGAAGAGGCCAAUGCUGAGGAAGAUUUGUCCGAUGAUGGAUCACAGGCAGGGGAGAAGAAGAGGAGGCUUAACAUGGAACAGGUGAAGACACUUGAGAAGAGCUUUGAGUUGGGUAAUAAGCUUGAGCCAGAGAGGAAAAUGCAACUUGCAAGAGCUCUUGGCUUGCAGCCAAGACAAAUUGCUAUAUGGUUCCAGAACAGAAGGGCAAGGUGGAAGACCAAGCAGUUGGAGAAAGACUACGAUCUUCUCAAAAGACAGUAUGAAGCCGUCAAGUCAGAUAAUGAUUCGCUUCAAACUCAGAACCAAAAACUUCAGGCUGAGAUAUUGGCACUGAAAAGUAGAGAGCCAACUGAAUCCAUCAACCUUAACAAAGAAACAGAAGGAUCCUGCAGCAACAGAAGUGAGAACAGCUCAGACAUCAAGUUGGAUAUCUCAAGGACACCAGCUAUUGACAGUCCUCUCUCUACACAUCAGCCGAGCAGAACCCUGUUUCCAUCUUCUGCUAGGCCUGCAGGAGUUGCUCAGCUUUUCCAAACUUCUUCAAGACCAGACCUUCCAUGCCAAAAGAUUGACCAAAUGGUCAAAGAAGAAAGCCUAAGCAACAUGUUCUGUGCCAUGGAUGAUCAAUCCGGGUUUUGGCCAUGGUUGGAGCAGCAGCAUUUCAAUUGAAACAAAGGAAGAGUUAAUUAAUUUAAAAUUUCAAUGUACUACUUUUUCCCUGUGAAAUCAAGAGGGUCUUCAUCCAUCAAUUACCACACUUGAUUAUGAGUUCUUUAAAUUAAAACCCAUGUUUUGAAACUUGGUGUAUAAAAUAGAAUUAAUAUAUCAAGUAGAAAUUUUCAA